AGAUAGAGAAGAACAGUGUAAACAAACAUCAUCUUACGACGAAAGCGCAGAAGAACCUCUGCAACUUCCUAAUCUACCCCGUUCGUCACGCAGAGAUGACAUGACGGUGGAUUCCGUCAACGAUGUUGCCGAAUCCGAGUCUCUUUCUGAGCAAAGAUGCACACAAGCAGUCAGAGAUAAGCCAGAAGAAGAAGUACAACCUUAUGCCUCGCCAGUAGAGGGAAGGAGUUCCUCUCAACGAAUCCUAGAGCCUAUGUAUAGUGAGUCAAACGAGCCUAAGCCUAAGUCUAUGUCCGAACCAGAACCGUUCGCGGUCGUCGACCUCGAAUCUUACGAGCACACUAAGCCAGAAUCACACAACCUGGAGGAGGUUACGCUAGGCAACGAGUCAAGACCUAAGAGAGCCGCAGCUCUUCGAGCCCUUGAGAAGAUCAAAGAAUGGACCAGCAAUCUAGUCGCCCUAUUCCUGCCUGGGUUGGGGAGUGUCGCGACGGACGCGAAAAUCCGAUGCCACAAUACUAAUUCACCUGCGGCAACACCGAACAGCGCCCUCUAUGUGGAACUGUGAUCUCGGGUGUCAUACAUUCAGCCGCCUUAAGAUAAGCGAAGCAGAUUAAGGCUCCUCUGGCCCAGGAGUUGAGGUGCAGAGAGAGUGAGGAUGAAGAGUCCCUUAUGGGAUAUGAAGGUAUGUAUGCGAUGCAUUCUACAC